AAUCCCUCCCCGUGGAUAAACAGAGGAUAGAUAACCCCUCGCACUUCCAACUUCUAACACUCAGUUCUCACAAUUCAAAAACUUUGAGGAAAUUGAACUGCUAAAAUUCUAACAAUGUCAACCAUUUCAGCAUUCCAACCAUUCACUUCUCCAUUCUACAAAACCAACUACCUCAAAUCUUCUCCCCAACACCAUUCUUUUGCACUUCACUUCCACAAAAAUGCAAUUUCCACCCAUAAUUUGCAGCAUUUAAGACUGACCCACAAUUCCAAAUUCGGAAGGGUAAGAUCAGCUGAGGAUGAAGCUCAAAUCCCAGAAACGGAAACGGCUGCGGCUAUUGUCCAAGAGGAGGCUCCUGAACAAACUGUAGCCAUCCCAGUUUCCCCUUCUGAUAAGCUGAUUAUGAUUUUUCAGGCAGAAGGAACGUUGACUGAUUCAGCUAUUCCCAACGUGACCCAGGCAUUAGAGGGAACAGAAGGUGUUUCUAAUCUGAGGGUUCAAAUUUCUGAGGGCAUUGCAAGUGUUGAGCUUAUGAAGCAGACAACAAUUCAAGCAACUGGAGUGGCCUCAAGUCUGCUGGAAUCUAUACAAGGAGCCGGGUUCAAGUUGCAGACACUGAAUUUGAGUUUUGAAGAUGAAGAGUUGCUAGCUGGGGUAUAAGAAUUUGUUUAUCAUACUAGAGAAGUAUCUCAAAUGUUUUUCUCUGUUAAUUUUGGGCUUUAGAAACUGUUGUAUGCUCAAUCAUUGUGGUUUAAGGUUAAUCAUUGUUUUAUAAAGUUUUGAUAAAUUAAGUGAAUAUGAAGAUAUGUGCUCCUGCUAUACAUGGCUUAAGUCGAGCUCGAUUGACAAUCAAGGCAUCGCAUUACUUUUA